AUGCGGACCGUCUUAUUAGCUUCCCUGAUCAGUGCCACACUCGUUUUAGCUCGCUCUAAGCUUCAUCCGCGCCAGAUCAGCGGCGUCACUGCGCCUUUGGCCGGAGCCAAUGGCAACGCGCUCGGUCUCUGCUCGCUACAGUACAAGCUGCAGAGCAAUCUGUUCAGCGGCUCAUUAGGAGGAAAUCAGACUGUUCAGGGAACAGGAUGCCACGAUGGCUUGCUCAGCUACAAGACCAGCUGGCAAAAUUUUCCGGGCCCAGCGCCAAUGUCAUAUGCAAACGCCCAGGCAACCGCUGUUGGCCUGUCUGUAGGAUCGAUCACGUCCAUGCCUCUCACUUGGGCUUUCACUUUCGACGCCGCUAGUUCGGAAGCAAGCGCCGUCAUCGCACUCUGGCUCAACACCAACGCCACUGGACAACAAGCUGACCCUACUAGCAAAUUCAACCUCGUUAUCGUUCCCACGGCAUCCCAAGGCUACACGCCAGCAGGCUCGCGAAAUGGCUCUGUGACGGCUCUGGGCAGCACUUGGACCGUCUACACGAAUUCGGAUCCAUCUGUGACGUACGAAGUCAUCACGCUCGUGGCGCACAGCUCAGUGACAGAUGUCACGGGCGAUCUCGUGGCUGUCCUGAGCGAAGCAGUGACGACGCUGGGCGUAUCCAAGGAUCUCUACAUUGUGACGGCUGCUGCCGGUGUACAAGUGCAGACAGGUACCGGCUCUUUCGAAACAAAGUCAUUCGGUGUGCAGCUGCUCACGACGACGACGUGCGACUCGGUCGAUGCUUCGCUCAAGGCUCAAAGCAAGCUCUGUACGAACAGCACACCGAGCACGAGCAUCUCCGGCAACAACGGUGGCCAGUCGAGUGAUGCUCCGCACCUCUCUGGCGCUCGCUCAGCUGUCCUUCUGGCUCUCAUCGCUCUCUUCUGGCACGAACUCACUCGGCUCAAGAUCGAAGUGCUCAAGCUGGAUGACAAGCCAAUCGACGUAUGGGGCACCUACACCAUGGGCAGACGAUUGCUCGACAAGGAGACAAGCAAAGCGAUACCCUUGCGACCCUCGACUGAGCUGGGCUCUCAGAGCUUCUCUGCAGGGCCGCCAACGCAACGACAAGUCCAGCUACGAGGCACUCUCAAGAACUUCAACACCAUUGAGGAGUUCAAAUCAGCAGACAAACCGGCGCUGUUCGCGGCCUACGCUAGCCAACUCUGGGCGGCCUGCACCACGAGACCUACAUCUGCAAACAGCUUGAACACCUUCCAUGUCCUCACAUUUUCGGAUCUGAAGAAAUACAAGUACUACUACUGGUUCUGCUUCCCCUCAUUCAUCGCACAGCCUGCAUGGCAAUGCGAUUCUGCAUACACAACGCUCGACGCCGAAGCGGAUCACGCGCACGCGCAAGUAAUGGCAGAUUGGGCAGCGCAAUCUCAAGAGGACAGCGCCGCGUGUCUUCUUAAGAGUGUGCAGGGAAGACUCGUCGCGGGCAAGCUCAGCGAGUUCGGUACAUUCUUCGAUGCGAGUGACGCGCCGACGGUUGCAUUCGUCGACCCAUCUGCCCACGAAAGUGCGCUCGGCUGGCCAGCUCGAAAUGUACUCACCUAUCUCUCGGAAGCCUUUGAAGCUCGGAAAGUCACAGUCAUCGCUUUGCGUGCGCCUGCUAGUGACGGCACGCCUCAGUCCAGAACGAUCACGGUCAGCAGAGAUGCGCAGGCAUCAGGACAGCAACCUGCAGCAGUGGGAUGGGAGAAGAACGCAGCCGGUAAGCUAGGACCACGUCUUGCCGACUUGGGCCCCAUGAUGGAUCCUACGAGACUGGCGGAUCAAGCAAUCGAUCUCAAUUUACAGCUUAUGCGGUGGAGGAUACUACCAGAACUCGACCUCGAGAAGAUCAAGACGACAAAAUGCCUGCUUCUUGGCGCUGGCACGCUCGGCUGCUAUGUAUCGCGAAGCCUCCUGGCAUGGGGAGUACGCACGAUCACUCUCGUCGACUCCUCGACUGUGUCUUUCUCCAAUCCCGUCAGACAACCGCUUUUCGAAUUCAAAGACUGUCUAGAAGGCGGCAAGCCGAAAGCAGGAGCUGCAGCAGAUGCGCUCAAACGGAUAUAUCCUGCCGUCAAUGCGACUGGCAUCCACAUGUCUAUACCUAUGCCUGGUCAUCCUGUACCUCCGAAAGCUGUCGAGGAUACGCGCGCCACUGUACAAAAGCUCGAAAGGCUCAUCGACGAGCACGACGUGAUCUACCUUCUUAUGGACUCGCGGGAGUCUCGCUGGCUGCCUACCAUGCUAGGCGCUGCCAAAGGCAGGUUGGUCAUGAAUGCAGCCCUAGGAUUCGAUUCGUUCCUCGUCAUGCGACACGGGCUGCCGCCGGCGGAUGCUACAAAGAAGCCACAAUCGACGGGCGUCAAUCUCGAUCGUCUCGGCUGUUACUACUGCAUGGAUCUGGUCGCGCCAAUCGAUUCUCUGACAGAUCGCACGCUCGACCAAAUGUGCACAGUCACCCGGCCUGGCUUAGCAGCAAUUGCAUCUGCAACGGCAGUAGAACUGAUGUGCUCUGUUCUCCAGCACCCUCAAGGAGCACACGCACUGUCAGAUGUACCACUGCCGGGGCAGGAAGCACAACAAGAUACACAGUCUGUCCUUGGCCUGGUGCCACAUCAGCUCCGCGGCAUGCUGGGCCGGUUUGAGACGCUCAAGAUCACCGGACAAGCAUAUGACAAGUGCACAGGCUGCAGCCAGACGAUUGUCAAUGAAUAUCUCAAACGUGGCUUCGAGAUGGUGCUCGACGUUUGCGCAGACGGCAAAGCUUUGGAAAGGAUGACAGGUCUAGACAAGCUUCACGCAGAGACAGAAGCCGCUAUGGAGAGCCUUGAUUGGGACUCGGAUGGUGCGAGCGACAUGUAG